AAACGGUGUGAAUGAAAAAAAUAAAAAAAAAAUAUCGAAGAGAGAAAAGCCGAAACCUUUUUUUCUCUCGUCUCCAAUUUUCUCAGCUUCUGCUGGAUCUCUCCAGCAUCCUUCCUCGGAGAGAUUCGUAUGGGACUAUUUGAUCAAUCAAGGCUUCUCGGGCAAUCAGAUGAAUAGAAGUGAGAUUAGGCUAUGUGGGUUUUGUAUGUUUUACAGAUUUGAUAUGAAAGUUCUCAACUUUUGAGCUCAUUAUUUAAAAGUGCAGAAAUGGACCACGACAAAACAGGAUGCCAAAGCCCACCUGAAGGUCCCAAGCUAUGCAUCAACAACUGCGGUUUCUUCGGAAGCGCUGCCACAAUGAACAUGUGUUCCAAGUGUCACAAGGCUAUCCUGUUUCAACAGGAACAGGGGGCUAGGUUUGCAUCUGCAGUGUCUGGUGGUACAUCAUCAUCCAGCAACAUCUUAAAGGAAACCUUUGCUGCUACCGCGCUGGUUGAUGCUGAAACCAAAUCCGUUGAGCCGGUGGCUGUCUCUGUACAGCCAUCUUCUGUCCAAGUUGCCGCAGAGGUAGUAGCUCCAGAAGCCGCUGCAGCAAAACUAAAGGAAGGACCAAGCCGAUGUGCUACUUGCAAUAAACGGGUUGGUCUGACUGGAUUCAAAUGUCGCUGUGGUGACCUCUUCUGCGGGACGCACCGUUAUGCAGACAUACACAACUGCUCCUUCAAUUACCAUGCCGCUGCGCAAGAAGCUAUAGCUAAAGCAAACCCGGUUGUGAAGGCAGAGAAGCUUGACAAAAUCUGAAACUCAAACACCAAAGUGAUAGACUACGACAUCCUUGGGAACAUUUAGAAUUGGAAAAGAAGGUUUAGAAUUUUACAUAUUUAUUAUUAUUGCCUAUAAGAGGGAGACAUUUGAUUCUAAUAAAAUCAUCCAUUAAGAGAUCAAA